AUGGGUGCGACAAUUUCCGCCUGCUGGGCAGCUCUGCCUCCCAGCGCAGAACUCUAUCCUCCAACACCAGCGGUGUACACAAGUAUCCUCAACAUCUUCCAAUACUUCCCCCUGGUGACUGUAUUCCAAUGGAUUCUCUCCUGGCAUCCAGCGGGCAAGACGUCCAACAAUUCAAUUUUCAAUAUCCCAGGGCGUGUAGCCUGGUGCGCCAUGGAGAUCAUCGGGCCUAUAAACCUGAUCUACAAUCUGAUACUCCCAUCACCCUCCUCACCCUCAAUUGGUGAUCUACCCUGGCCUAAUGUCCUUGUGGCAGGACUAUAUUGUACCCACUACUUCAACCGCUCAAUUAUAUCCCCCUUCUUCUCUGCCCCAAGCAUGUCCCCAAUCCACCCGUUCGUCAUGACCUCCGCUAUGGCUUUCAACUGGUUCAACUCAAGCUGUCUAGCCGGGUGGUUACGCGGAUACACAAUCCUAACCACUCCAAACUUCAGCGCGGACGGAAGAAACGGCCAAUCCCGCCCUGCCAUUGUGAACUAUAUCCCCACAGUGGGCGUGAUCCUGUUCGCCAUCGGGAUGGCAGGAAAUAUUUAUUCCGAGACAGCGCUUUUCCGCUUCCGCCGCGAAGAAACAGAGAAACGUCUCGCAAAGAAGUCGGAUGACGCCAAGACUGGCACUAAUGCAGGGGAAAAUGACGGUGGAAGCAGCCGCAACAAAUUCCAUAAAGUCUACGUCAUCCCGCCUUGCCGCGGUGUCUUCCGGUAUAUCUUGUACCCGCACUAUGCAUUCGAGUGGCUUGAAUGGGUCGGUUUUGCUUUAGCUGGUACAGCAGUUCUUAGUUUGUCGACUGUUCCUGCUCAUGCACCUUCGGCUGCGGUUGCUCCGCCGCUUCGUCUUGCGCCUUGGUUGAUUCCUGCUGCUUGGGCGGCUGAUAAGCUUUCCCUGCCAUUACCUCUGCCUGCUAUUGUGUUUGUUGUUAAUGCUGUUACGAAUAUGCUUCCUCAUGCGCGCUGGGGAAGGAAAUGGUAUGUUGAGAAGUUUGGGGAGAAGGGUGUUGCUGGGAGAGGUGCGGCUGUGCCUAAUUGCGCGUGCAUGUGA